AUAAAACUCUUCAUUGUUGGAGGUGCAAACAGUCUAUUUAUCCAAAACACAUUUUUGUCACAUCGCCGUAGCAGAAAUAUAAUAAAAUUUAUGGUUAAAUAAUUAUGGAAUUAGGAAGGGUCAGUGUCAGAGGACAAAAUGUCAACUUAUUAUAUCAAGCUAUUCAUCGACAGCAUGGUUUAGUGUGGUCUAUCGGGAAAACCAUUCAACUGGAAAACAUCAGUUUACUUGAUGGUCAAGUAGAAAACAACUCACCACUGAAGCUUGGAGAGUUCCAACAUGAUGUACAGUCAGUCCACUGGAGCAGUAAUAUUGGACCUAGUACCUGUUAUUUAUCUGUAGUCCACAGUCAGCAUGUAUCAUUAUGGAAAGUGGAUGGAGUGGUACCUAAACUUAACUUCAAACAAGUUAGAAAGCUCAAUGUACAACCAAUUCCACAAGGUUGUUUAUGGAAUCCAGAUAGAGAUAUUUUAUGUGUUUUAGCGAAACAACAAUGCAGUUUCUUCUUUAACCAUACAGAUGAUAAAGGAACCUUUGCCUUCUCUCCUCUAGAAGAUGAAAAGAUAAGAUGUGGUACCUGGACAGACGAUGGAAGUAAAUUAGUUUUGUGUAUUGGUGCCUGUUUGCUUUUAUAUUCCUGGCCAGAUAUAGAUGAAACUAUAAGUGAAUAUAAGUCAGCAGUAUGGAGAAUUCCUAAUUUAGAUGGAUGUGUGACCUCCAUUGUAUCUCUAUCAGAUAGUAUAGUAUUAUGUGCUGCUGAACUGCCUCUGGAAAGUCUUUGUAAGGUCAAGGACACUUUUGUGGUUCCAGAUUUAAAUGAAAACACAAACAGUUUACAAGAGGAUAUAAUCUCACCGAAGAAAUCUGUAUCUGCAACAGAGGCAUUGUUCAGCUUAUCCAGAAAUCGACAGUUUGACAUUGAAUCUACCACUCAGCUGGUGACCGUUAGUCUAGAAGAUGAAAAAGAUCCUUGUAGCAUUUCCAUGACUGGGAUCAAAUGCAUACUCACACCAGAACUCUUGGUUUAUAUCCCAAACAUAAAAUCAGUUGUUGUUGGCAGUAAUACACAGAAUUUAUUGCAAGUUUUUACAUUUCAAAAUGGCAGCAUUACAUCAGACUUAAUCAAAACAGCAGAAGUGAAACUUGACAAACAAGAAAGACCAAAAGGAAUCUCUCAAAUGUUACCUCCCCUUAAAAGCCAGACUGGUAUUCUGUUAGCAGUAGGGAGAAGAGCCAGUUCAGAUUCAGCCUUUCUGACAUCCAGUUCGGGGUCAGCCAUGGAAAUAAAAUUGAAAUUCUUUCCUUUUACAAUUGAUAAAAAUGUACUAAAGAACCUCAAAGAACAGCAGGGAUCGUUGGAAUUUAAGGAGUCAGAAAGUUCAAAAUCUGUAAGAGAAAAUGCUGAAACAGAUACAGUUGAUAUACCAGAAAUUAUCAAGGAAACAGGUGCUCACGGAAACCAAACUGAAAAACAUUCUGAAAAUGAUUCCUGUGAUAAUUAUGAUCGUGAUCUUCAUAUUAGAAAACAAGAAACAGUCACUGAACUCAAAGAUUUCUCUGAAACCAAUUCCACUGAUUCAUCUCCAAGAGAUAUAAUUGUAGCAAGUCAAUCUAAGGGAGGUAAAUCAUUAGUUGAAGACUUGACUGGUUCAGGGAAUUCUGGGAGUGAACUUGAAACUGAGACAACAGAAUUUUCUGCUAUCACCCCAAAUUUUCAGAAUAACAUUGAUACAUCCUUUCAUGACUCUAUAACGGAUCAGAUAAUAAAACCAGUACCUGAUCAACAUGAUGUAGAAGAGAAACCAGUCCAAAGGUCAAAGGUUACAACAUGUCUUGAUGAUUCUGCUGUAUCUAUGGCAACCUCUAGUACAUCCUUUGUAACAAAUGUAGAUUCAACAAAAGAAGAAAGGAUGCAACUUGAGAUUGAUAAACUUAACCACAGAAUAGAAGAAUUGAAGAUGAAAGUAUCACAUCUAACUGAGCUUAUCAAAGAAUCUACUAUAAUUACAAAAUACCAGUCACAAAGUCAACCAGAAAUCAUACUAAUACAUUGUAAAUGUCCUGGUGUGGAAACAAAGAAAAAAACCUUCCUGUUAGAUAAUGGAAGAUUACAAUAUGAAAUUGUUAAAACAGCAUUCCAGCUUACAACAUUGGAGAUAUUUAUUGAUGAUGAUCCAUGUGUAGUUAGUGCUAACAUUGAUGGUUACAUUCCAAUAAGAUUUACUCCUUCAUCCACUCUAGUCAUCACAGGAAACACUAUAAGGGGAGACAAUACAACAUAGUGAACAAUAAACAAUCUGUGAUAUUCAAAGUUGAUGUGUUAUCUCCCUUUGCUGAAAUCCAAUGUGUGGUUGAAACUAUACAUUAAAAAUGUUAAGUUUGUCAUAUAGAUUGAUUUGUGUAAUUCUACUUAAUAUCUAUCCACAGUUUCUCAUGGACCAUUUUGACUUGUUAGAAGAAAAUUGUUAGCAUAAGCCAUGCAAAAAAAUAUCAUAGCUGUAUAGAUCUGAUUGAUUUAUAUAAUACAACAUAUAUUUUUAUAUUGCACAUACCAUAUGUGUUCUUUAUGUAACUUAUGCAAUAUUUUAUAUGUUAUUGUUUGACGUUUUUUUAUGUUUCAAUUUAUGUGAUUGGUGCUAUGUGACAAUAUUUAUCUGUAUAUACAUCGAAUUCACCUUUUUAUUCUAAGUUUAAGGCCUAUUUUACAUUAUGGAACCCAUUACUAUUUGGAUAUGGUUCUUAAAUGGAUAUAUUUAGACUAAAAUACAAUGUUGUGCACCUAGGACACACUAUGUAACAUUUAGUUCAGUAACUCAAAGUAAAAUUAUUGCAUAUUCACUACUAAACAUUCUGGAUGCACGGUCUUUCUACUUAUACUAAUAUGACUUGCAAUUGAAGUUUUUAUGUGGUUUUUUUUUAUACAUGAUAUAUGUGUUUGUUUUGAAGUCUUUUUUGUACACAAGCAUUAUUAAAAAUAAUUAUUAUUGUUUUGACAUCUAGUUAAUAUUAUGGAUUUGUGUGUAAAAAAUUAGAAAGUUCCCAAGCCAAUUUAAUUUGAUGUUUCUUUUUUGACAGCAAAAACCUCUCAGGAAAUGGAAAUAGCAUUGGAAUGAUUAAAAAAUAAAAGGUUAAUAAAUAUCUGCAUAUAGCAUAUAGAUUGAAAUAAUCAAUUAAUUUCACCAUAGGCAACAAUGGUAGCCUUUUUUCAAACUACAGACUUUAGAAAGUUGAUUUUUUUUAACAAAACCUUGCUAGAAUCAAAGAAAAGUUAGGACAGUAUUUUUUGGUCCAAAAAAUAUAGGUUUGCAUUGCUUUUCUUAGCGUUUUUUGUACUUAUCUCCCAUUCCUAUCAAUUUUGCCCUUAAAAAUAUGUGUCUUGUCCUGGCAUUGAAAAAGUCAUCUCAGUGCCUUUAGGGCUAUGGAAUAAUUUUUAUUUUGCCUUUUGUAUACAACAGAGUGCAUGAAGUCUCUAAUAAUAAAAAAUAAUGGGCUCACAUAUCGACCAAUCAGGAUUAGCCAUACUCUUAAUUCUGAAUACCAUGUUCAUUUACAUGAGUUAUCUCCACUUCGUUUUACAUGAUUUAUCUCCCCUUCAUUUUAUAUAUAUGUGUUAUCUAAACUUCACUUGAUGUAAUUUAACUGUAAUUGACUACACAAAGAAGACUUCAAAUUGACAAGAAUGCAUCUUUGUAGAUAUUCAGUCAUUGAUAGAUUUAUGCCAUAUCUAUAUACUUAAUUGUAUCUCCUCAAAAUAAUGUUUAUCAUAAAUUUAUCCAAAUAUAGCAUCAGUAUAUUCAUUUUGUAUAUGCUGCAUCACAUUUAACUGAAGCCUUGGUUAUGGUUUUUGUCUUUAGUAUUUCUUGUUAUAUGACUCCCUCCAUAAUGUUAGUAAAUCUUGCAUCUUUUUAGUUUAAAAAAAAAGUGGUUAACACAAUUAUAUGCAAAGAGCAGGGUUAACUAGAAUGAAUAGAUCUUAUCAUUUUUAAUAAGACUUGUGAUUGAUCUAUGUUGACAUUGGAUAAAAAUUCAGAUGUUAAAAUCUGAAAAGUCCUGAUGAUGAGUGCACCAUCAAACCAGAGCUGAUAUUUAUAUUUUCUUAUAGCCUGUAUUAGGAAUACAUUUUUAUGAAGGUGAAGGGGGAAUUUUGGUAUACCCUUGUCCAUUUGUACGUACCUCUCAAAUUGAGCUUCAGUUCUUGUACUUUAGUUUGCCUACACCCUCAUGUUAUUAAACUUAAAACAAUACCAAUUAUCACCAAACACAGAUCAAAUAAGAAUUUAAGUUGAGUUAUGUCCCUUUAUAAACUCUUGGAUAUGUGUCCCAUGGAAACAUUCUUCCUUUAUUUGUUUCCCAAAUUUUCAGGGCUAUUUUACACCUCAUAUGUAUCUUCUUUUUAUAAUAACUGAUUUUUUAAGUUUCAGAUAUAAAUAUUAAAUAAUAUGUCUGUUAUUCAUCACACAUAUCUGUCUUUCUUAUACCUUAUUUGUUUUUAUAAGUAUACAUUCCAUAUUAUGCUUUGAAUAAAACUUCUUACUUAUUA